AUGGCCCAGUCUCGAACCAACGGCUCGCACUACGCCCUGACGGCGAUAGGGCUGGGGAUGCUCGUCCUCGGCAUCAUCAUGGCCGUGUGGAACCUCGUCCCCGGCUUCGGCCCCACCGACAAACCCGCCACGCACGCCGGGAACAGCAGCAAGCCCGACCGUGGCACGGGAGGCAUUUUGAAGAGCAAGACCUUCUCGGUGGCCUACGUGCUGGUGGGAGCGGGCGUGCUGCUGCUGCUGCUCUCCAUCUGCCUGAAUAUCCGGGACAAGAAGAGGCAAAGCGAAGAUAUCGCUCACGUGCAGCACCAAGCAUCUCCAGAGCCCUCGCACCAGGAGGACAGUCAAGAAGAGGACGAAGACGUGUCUUCCCAGUACUACGUCCCCAGCUACGAAGAGGUGAUGAACGUGGGCUUCUCCGAGCCCAGAGACUCGGACAGGAGCAACAGGAUCAGCGUCUCCCUGCCCUCCUACGAAUCGCUGACGGGGCUCAACGAAAGCACCCAACCGCCGGGAGCGCCGCUGAAGGUCCGCAGGAUCAAGUCAGAGAAGCUGCACUUGAAGGACAUCAGGCUCAACCUGGCACAGGGCAACAGCGCUGCCCCGAUCACGAUAGAGCCACUGACCCCUCCGCCCAGGUACGAGGAGAUCCAGGAGAAAGUACCAGAGAGCCAGCAAAUGACUUAA